GUACAACCUGGGGCCUGGUGUGCCGGUGGAGCUGCAGGAGGAGGCGAGGGUGGAGCAGCUGAAGGAGCUGGUGGGGAGUCAGCAGGGAGUCCGUCCGGAGCUCCUCAGGGUUCUGUUUGCUGGGAGGGAGCUGAGGAGCUCCUUCACACUGCAGGGUUGUGACCUCCCAGAGCAGAGUACCAUCCAUGUCCUCCUCCCUAAAUCUGGUUCCUCCCCCUCCCAGCUUCUCCUCCUGCAGGAGCGCCUGAUUCGGGAGGGAGGACGAGCAGAAGCUCUGACCAGGCUGGACCUCAGCUCCACCUCCUCCACCUCCUCCGGCUUGGCGGUGAUUCUUGAGGGGAGUGAUGGUGGAGGAGAGAAAGGAGCAGGAGGAGGUGACAGAGGAGCAGAGGAGGUGACAGAGGAGGUUCAGGCUGCAAGUCUGAAAGGUGUGCGUACCUGCAGUACUUUCUUUGUGUACUGUAAGAGCUGUAGGUCGAUCCAACCGGGAAAGCUGAGAGUGCGUUGCAGCAGCUGCAGACAAACAACUCUGACAAUCAGCAGGGGUCCGUCCUGUUGGGACGACGUCCUCCCUCCCGGUCGCGUCCCAUGGCUUGUGUCAAUCAGACGGUUGUCACAGGCUGUGGUCCUGGUCUUCCAAUGUUCAGAGCGUCAUGUGAUCUGUCUGGACUGUUUCCAUGGUUACUGUCGGACUCGUCUCAAUGAGAGACAGUUUGUGUCUCAUCCUGUGAUUGGCUACUCGCUGCCGUGUGCUGCCGGCUGUGUCGACUCUCUCAUUAAAGGUCGCAUCAUUUCCAGGAUUUUUAGGAGACGAUCAG